UUCUUGCAUUUCUCAAGUACCAUUGGUUAUGGGUCUGUAGAACCCAAGUGAGAAAACCAAUACUGUGCUGCAUUUGAACAUUGUUCAAAUAGUUAAGAUGGAUAAAACAGAGCUAUCUGUGCUGGCCAGAAAUGUGGCUAAGGGAAGAUGGUUUGUGGUGUUCAUAUGCUUUCUGAUCAUGUCCCUUGCAGGAGGGACUUACAUAUUUGGUAUAUAUUCAGAAGCAAUAAAAACAGUGCUGGGCUAUGAUCAGGAAACAAUUACCACAUUAGGGUUUUUUAAGGAUCUUGGAGGAAAUGUUGGAAUUGUGUCUGGUCUGAUAAAUGAAGUUGCUCCUCCCUGGGUAGUCCUUGGCAUAGGAGCCAUCAUGAACAUCACUGGAUAUUUGAUGAUCUGGCUCUCUGUCACCCAGAGGAUUGCCAAGCCCAAGACAUGGCAGAUGUAUUUAUAUAUCUGCAUAGGAGCCAAUUCUCAGACAUUUGCCAACACAGGAGCUCUGGUUACCUGUGUGAAGAAUUUCCCACAUAGCAGAGGAAGUGUGCUUGGAAUUCUUAAAGGCUUUGUGGGUCUGAGUGGAGCCAUAUUCACUCAGAUAUACCAUGCAAUCUAUGGGCAAGAUGAUAGAGGCAUAAUCCUGCUUCUGGGUAUCCUGCCCUCAGCUCUAUCUCUUCUGGUAAUGCUAAUAGUCCGACCCACAAAAGCUGUCACAGAGAAGAAUGAGCUGAAGCGCUUCUACAAUUUUCUCUACAUAGCUCUGUUCCUCGCUGGCUUUCUCAUGGUUAUGAUUGUGGUGGAGAACAGAGUGAAAAGCUUUCCUCAGUCAGGCUACCAAAUUGUUGCUGCUUUAGCCAUACUUUUUCUCUUGUCUAAUCUUGCCAUUGUUGUCAAAGCAGAAAUGGACAAAAUGAAGCUUCCAAAUUGGGUUUCUGAGAACUCUGAGAAAACCAAUGUGCAAGAGAAUAGACAGAGUGAGCUUACAGACAUGGGGAUCAAUGGUGUGGAUAAGGAGGAGCCCAAAUCUGUGAAAUCCCAGCUUAAGAAAAUAUUCAAGGGCCCAGCAAGAGGAAAUGACUUCACCAUCCCACAGGCUCUGGUGAGUGUGGACAUGAUAAUCCUUUUCUCAGCAGCAACUUGUGGGAUUGGAGCAACUUUAACAGCGAUUGACAACAUGGGUCAGAUUGGAAGUGCCCUGAGUUACACCCCUGUGAAUAUCAGCACCUUUGUUUCCCUCAUCAGCAUUUGGAGUUUCCUUGGCAGGGUAGUUGCAGGAUUUCUCUCAGAAUUCCUCUUGCAGAAGUAUAAGUUUCCAAGGUCUCUCAUGUUUACAAUAGUGUUACUCAUGGGUUGUGUUGGCCAUGUUUUUAUAGCAUUUGCUCUGCCUGGUUCUUUGUAUGUAGCAUCCAUAGCUAUAGGCUUCUCUUUUGGAGCACAAUGGCCUAUUUUGCUUGCCGUCAUCUCAGAGCUCUUUGGUCUAAAGUAUUAUGCCACCCUUUACAACUUUGGAGCUGCUGCUAGCCCAUUGGGGUCCUAUCUUCUCUCAGUGAGGGUGGCUGGAGCUCUGUAUGAUAAAGAAGCCAGAAAACAGAAUUUUUCUGAGUCUUUGUUGCAGGCAGCUCUUGCACCCGCACCAGCUCAUAAUAAGCUGACUUGCGUAGGACAUGAGUGCUUUAGACUUAGUUUUAUCAUAAUGACUGUGGUAACACUAUUUGGAGCUCUCAUUUCAGGCAUUCUUGUUUUCAGGACAAGGAAGUUUUACAGGAGUGACAUUUAUGCCAAGUUUCGAGUUGAACCUGUAAAGUCCGAGGGAGAGGAUACUGAUAGCUAGUUAGGAUUAUGUGUGUUUUAAAUCAGCAUAGUGAAACAAGAGAUGGUGUGCAUGUUUAAUGGGCCAGCAACAGAUGAAUGCAUGUUACAAGAGAUUUUCCUUCAAUUCCCAGGAUUCUGGAAUUAGUUGGCAUAUUAAAAUCCCAUUUGAAUUAGCUUAUGUACCUGGCACCUUCAGGACAGAUAGGUAAUGCUUUCUUAACUUUCUAUCACCCUUCCCCAACCCAAAAAAAAAUUGAAAAAUAAGUGUGCAACUGCAGCCCAAUAUAAUUAUUCAUGGUCAUGAUCUCAUUUUAAAAGUAAUAUCUUGUGACAAAAAAGUCUGCAGUGUGAU